ACCACAGACACACAAUCCACAUUUCCAGAGGAGAGACCGACGCUCUCAGUCCCUCCAACAUUUUCUGUCGAGCUCGGGUAGCCAAACAAGCGGAGCAGGACGCGCUCUCUCCACGGACAGAUCCGAAGCGAAGAUCCCCAGGACUUGUUUUGCUCUUCGUUCUCCCGGAGGUCACCUUACAAAUAUAGCUCACAGGAUAUAAGUUAUUUACAGUAGCAUAACCGGAGCUCCCUGGAAGAUGGGUUCAGUCCCAGCGAUAUCUGUCCUCUUUUUGGGCAUUGUGGUUCCUGCGCUGGCCGGCUACAUUGAGGCGCUAGCAGCCAAUGCCGGCACAGGGUUCGCCGUAGCCGAGCCGCAGGUGGCCAUGUUCUGCGGAAAGCUCAACAUGCACGUCAACAUCCAGACCGGCCGCUGGGAGCCCGACCCAUCCGGAACCAAGAGCUGCGUAGGAACCAAAGAGGGCGUGCUGCAGUACUGCCAGGAGAUGUACCCGGAGCUCCAAAUCACCAACGUGGUGGAGGCCAACCAGCCCAUUCGCAUCGAGAACUGGUGCAAGAAGGAGAAGAAGGUGUGCAAAGGCCACGCACACAUCGUGGUGCCUUACAAAUGCUUAGUGGGCGAGUUCGUGAGUGACGUCCUUCUGGUUCCAGAAAAGUGCAAGUUCUUCCACAAGGAGCGUAUGGACAUGUGCAUCAGCCACCAGCAGUGGCACGGUGUGGCCAAAGAGGCCUGUGCCAAGAGCUCCAUGGUGCUGCACAGCUACGGCAUGCUGCUGCCCUGUGCCAUCGACAAGUUCCACGGCACCGAGUACGUCUGCUGCCCGUCCUCUCGCACCGGGGAGUCCAACCCGCCGUCGCUGCCCUCCCAGGAGGACGACGUGGACGAGGAGGUAGAGGACGAGGAGAUCGACAUGGUGGACAUGGAGGACGAGGACCCCAAAGAGGAGAGCGAGACUCCGGCUGACGAGCAGCCAACGCAGAAGGAGGAGCCGGUGGACGAGGACGAAGACGAGGAGGAGGAGGACGAGGAGGAGUACCACUACGUCUAUGAGGAUGAGGAGACAGAUAAGGAGGACGAGGACGAGAAGAAAGAGAGCAGCAAAAUGUCAGAGAGCCAGGACGAGGACAAGACUUUACAAGAAGUGAAAGCGGUGUGCACCCUGGAGGCUGAGACGGGCCCCUGUAGGGCCUCCAUGCCCCGCUGGCACUUCGACAUGAGCCAGAGGAAGUGCGUUCGCUUCGUAUACGGGGGCUGCGCCGGCAACCGCAACAAUUUCGACUCAGAGGAGUACUGCAUGGCCGUGUGCAGACGCCUGAUCACGCCCCCGACUCCUCAGCCCGCCGACGACGUGGACAUCUACUUCGAGACCCCCGCCGACGACAAGGAGCACAGUCGCUUCCAGAGAGCCAAAGAGCAGCUGGAGAUCAGACACCGCAACCGCAUGGAGAGGGUAAGGAAAGAGUGGGAAGAGGCUGAUCGCCAGGCUAAGAACCUGCCCAAGGCAGAGAGGCAGACAUUGAUCCAGCACUUCCAGGCCAUGGUGGAGUCCCUGGAAGAGGAGGCAGCCAGCGAGAAGCAGCAGCUGGUGGAGACUCACCUCGCCCGGGUGGAGGCCAUGCUGAACGACCGCCGCCGUCUGGCCCUGGAGAACUACCUGGCCGCCCUGCAGGCCGACCCCCCCAGGCCCCACCGCAUCCUGCAGGCCCUGAGACGGUACGUUCGUGCUGAGAACAAGGACCGCCAGCACACCAUCCGCCACUACCAGCACGUCCUGGCUGUGGAUCCUGAGAAAGCAGCUCAGAUGAAGUCACAGGUGAUGACCCACCUGCGGGUGAUCGAGGAGAGGAUGAACCAGAGUCUGUCUCUGCUCUACAAAGUUCCUUAUGUGGCCGAAGAGAUUCAGGAUGAAAUCGACGAGCUGCUGCAGGAGCAGAAAGCCGACAUGGACCAGUUCCUGUCGUCCAUCUCCGAGUCGCAGCCGGACGUCACCGUGUCGUCGGAGGAGAGCGUGGAAGUCCCCAUCUCCGAGGGCAAACCCUACCGGCCCAUCCAGGUCACAUCGCUGGGGUCCCGCUCAGAGCCGGAGGGCGAUCUAUCAGACUCCCCACGUGCCUUCAAGAAAGGCUCCGCCAUGUCCGGGCUAGACGGUCUGAUCGGAGCGGAGGAGAGGAUCAUCAACAGCAAACCCAAGAUCAGCGAAAACGUGGUGAUUGAUGAGUCACUGGAUGUUAAAGAAGUGGUUUACAGUGCAGAGAGAGUCAGCGUUAUGCAUGAUGAUGAGCUGGAGUCCUACCGGCCCCUGGGAGAGGACUUCAGCUUCGGCAGCAGCGCUCUGAUUGGCCUGCUGGUGAUCGCGGUGGCCAUAGCAACGGUGAUUGUGAUCAGCCUGGUGCUGCUGAGGAAAAGGCAAUACGGCACCAUCAGCCACGGCAUCGUGGAGGUCGACCCGAUGCUGACACCAGAAGAACGACACCUGAACAAGAUGCAGAACCACGGCUAUGAGAACCCGACCUACAAAUACCUGGAGCAGAUGCAGAUCUAACCAGAGCCUACAGGGAGGGGGCGCUGUGGAGUCAGACCGAGGACGGGCAACCGAGGGGGAACAUACUACUGACCAAUAACACAUGAUGCUAUUGUUAAAGAAAAAAAAGAAUCAUUUGCAUACAUCCAAAACUCCAUUUACUGGUUUGUUCGAAACAAUCCUUAAAUAAUGCUACUACUUCUACUACUGCUACUAUUGUACUAUAGAGCUCUUUUUGAUCAUGUUUCUUUUGAGAAGGUGAUGUAUCUGCCAAUUUGCAUUAAUGGAAAAAUGUGAUUCUGCAGAUUUAUCUGUAAUUAUCAAUACAGCUAUCUCAGAUCAAGAUGUAUAACAUUUCUUCAGACUUUUAUUGGGGUUUUUUUGUAUUUUUUUUUGCAAAGCAAAUCAAACUAAAUUUUGAAUUUCCCUUGACGCUACACUUUUUGUUUCCCAUCACGCGAGUGUCAUAUUUAAUGCUGAUGGUUUUCUCAAAAAGAAAAUUGGUGUUUUGAUUUCUCUUCUCAAUAGAUUGCUUGUAUAUGAAGGUUCUUUGUACCGAUUAAAAAAAACAAACAAAUGUUUAGUGAAACGACGAAUGAGCAAAAAAAGAGAAAAAAAUAACGAAAUCAUGACUUAUUUACUUUCCGUUCUUUGUUAUGAUAACAGACAAAAUAUACAUAUACGAUUUAAAUAUAUAUAUAUAUAUAUAAGAGUAGAUGUUUUUAUUCCACCUUUUUUCCCAGGGAAGAUUGUUGGUUUUGGGUUCUUUAGCUGUCGGACAGGUGUGCACAGGCCCUCCCAGCUCAAACACGACACACGAAAACCUACUCUGAACCCUCAAUAAGUGAAUGUGAUGCUAUAUCCCCUCCUACACACACAAACACAACCUUUUUAUCAGUAGGGAAGCUAUAUAAAACCAGUGGAUUAAAUAAUAUUACUUAUUGACGCGUGUUACAUAGUUGAAUGUAUCGUGGAAGCUUUUCUUUCCAUACUAUGUAUCUGGCAGGUUCCCUUGAGGCUUCAACGGCCAAUGAAGUGUGUUUUUUUGGGGGGGUUUGUUUGAUAUUUCUUUGCACAAAUUACCUGCAGCAAAAAGAAACGUAGCAGUAAAUUAACAGGGGAUUAUGUACACACAUUACAGCUGGUUUUUUAGCUGGUCGGAGAGUGCAGAUGAAGCAAAACGGGGCCGGCCCGGAGGCACAAAUAGAAAAGUACGCACAAAUUAAGAGCUGAUUCUGAGGUCACUAGAAACCCAAAUAUGCCACAUUUGAAGAUUGGAACAGGUCAUUUUGGUCAGCAAUGAAACUAUUCCUGGGAUUCCUGGGAAUUGUGACAAAUUUUCCAUGUGGAUUUGGACAGAAAACCUCGGGCCGGCCCUGGAUCUAAGCCACCCGAAGACACUUUGGAGCUGGAGGGCUGUGCAGGCAGACAGAGACACACAGAAAGACACGGCUUGGAGAGCUGGUUUCUGCAUUAAAAAAUAAGCAAAACUUGUGUAUUUUUACAGGUAGAGAACGACACAAACAAGUAAACUGAGUCCUAGAAUCCCCCUUUCUCUCUCUCUCUCUCUAUCUUAGUAUCGUCUUUGUAUGCCUGUAUAGUUGAUGUUGCAAUCAUGGCUUUUUUCCAGAGGAUUACCUGUGGUGUGCAUUGUUCUUCUAUGAAAUGAUAUGAUAUAUAUUUUUAAGUUUGUUUUCUUGUUUUCUAUUUUUUCUCUUCCUGUGACAGUAUCUCUGUAUGUGACUGUCUCACUAUGCACCCAAACAGCUUCGAUCUUGUAACUGCCUGCUUGAUUGUGGGAGGGGAACUAAUAUAAUAUACAUAUUAGUGAUUUAAAACAUUUGAUUGACACCAGUGGAAACAGAUUUAUGGUUACAAGGGGGAUACACAUCAAUAAACUCACAACUUACA